AUUCACAAAAAGUGAGGUUAGAUUGAUUGUUUAUAUUUUUUAUAAGUUUUUAAAUUUUAAAUGAAAAACUCCUUUUCUUUGUUGUUAGUAUUAUCCGUUGAACGUUGCGUAUCUAUUUAAUUUUUAUGCAUUAAUUAUAAUAUGUUUGCAAAAUGACUAAUUUUUAAAAACUAACCUCUUUAUUAAAUUAUUCGGAUCGUUCGGACACUUUGACUUGGACAUUGGACCUCAGACCUCAGCUGAAGUUGAUUUUAUGCUGCGUAACGUAUCACGUAUAUUACCGUCUCCCUCAUCCAGAAACUUUGUAAAGACUGCCCUUAGUACCAUGUCCACUUUUGCCAACUUGAAAGUCACCUCUCCCAGUCCUUUUGUCUAUCACGUUGAACUGGACAAUCCCAAAAGGAGCAAUGCCAUCAACGCCGAAAUGUGGAAAGGCAUCGGAGAGUGCUUUGCAGAUCUGCACCGAAAUUCCGAUUGCCGGUCGAUUGUCUUAUCCGGGAAUGGCAAGAACUUCUGUGCUGGCAUAGAUCUCAUGAGUGUCAUGUCUUUGGGCACAGAACUGAGCAAUCACGAAGACGUCGGACGUCGUGGUCGGAUUAUGGAACACAAAAUUCGAGAAUAUCAGGAUGCAAUCUCUUCCAUUGAGAACUGUGUAAAGCCUGUGAUUGCUGUAAUUCAAGGAGCUUGUGUAGGAGCAGGAGUGGAUCUUAUUACAGCCACUGACAUGCGCUACUGUAGCUCAGAUGCCUGGUUCCAGGUGAAGGAAGUGCAAAUUGGAAUGGCUGCAGACGUAGGAACUCUCCAACGUCUUCCCAAAGUCAUUGGUUCCCAGAGUCUCGUGCGGGAAUUGUGUUUCACUGGAAGGAAAGUAGACAGUGAAGAAGCCCUGAAAUGUGGCCUCGUGAAUCGUAUCUUGAGCACCAAGGAAGAUAUUCUGAAAUUUGCUCUAGAAACUGCCGGACAAAUUGCCUCACUGAGUCCAGUUGCAGUUCAGAACACCAAGAAAAGCAUUCUUUUCUCCUACAAUCGUUCAGCUCAAGAAGGACUUGAUCAUAUUCGGGAGAUCAAUUCAUUGGCCCUCCAGAGCGAGGAUUUCCUUAAGGCUGUUACAGCAGCAGCCACGAAAGGAGAAGCUGCAGAAUUUUCUAAAUUGUAAGAUAUUCAACUAAAAGUUUGAAUUUUAAUUUACAAAACAGAGAUUUUUAUUAAUUAUAUUUUGUAUUGAUAAUCAUACUAAAUUUGGGGAAUAAAAUCAAAAUGGAAUGGGCAA